CAGAAAUGCUGUGUUCACACAAUAAGUGAGUCGGACUCGGAUUGGAUAGAAUUUGAUAUUUCAUGGCCGUAGAAGCCAAGAGAUUCCGAGAGAGAAAUAACUACGACAAACGCCACAUUAUUUUUCCUUCCUCAUUAUAUCGAAGCGUUGAUAUUUCGUUUUUGUUUUUUAUUUGUUAUUCUUGUUUAUACGGUGAUAUUGAAAUAAAAAUGUCGUACCAAGGCUCGCCGUUUUCGGCCGCCCACGGUCAGGAUGAUUACGAAAUGGACGAGGAUAAUGAGGAAUACCUGGAUGAAGAACGAGAUGUCGACGAUCAGUACGAAAGUGAUGAGGAUACAGAAGAAGCGAGCGAAACGGAUAUGGGAAAGUCAGAAGAAUACACAGAAAUAAGGGAACAAGUUUACCAGGACAAAUUGGCAAGUUUGAAAAAACAAUUGCAGCAACUCAAGGAUGGAAGUCACCCUGAAUACAACAGAAAACUCAAAAGACUGGAAGCUCAGUACAAAGAGAGAUUGCAUCUAAACAUAAUUUAUCGAGAUUAUCUUACGGAGUGGGUGGAACGUGACUAUAUUCUAGAAAAAAAAGCUGCGGUGAAGGAGUUUGAAGAGAAAAAAAUAGACCUCAAAGAAAAUUUACUUACGGACAUGGAGGAAAAGAGAAAAAUGAUUGAGUCGGAUCGUCACACAAUGGAACUUACUGGUGAUUCAAUGGAAGUAAAACCAGUGAUGACGAGAAAGUUGCGUCGACGACCCAACGAUCCUGUGCCUGAGAAAGUAGAAAAACGAAGGAAACCACCGCCAGCGCAAUUGAAUUAUUUAUUAGACGAGAAGGAAAUUGAGAGUGAUUUAAAAGCUAUAAGCCGUGGUAAAGUACUGACGUCUGUAAGAAAACCAGUAGUAAUGCAACAUUACAAUACAGUCAGUCUCCCAACUCAGCAUAUACCUACGACUCCCGAUUCUCCUUUAGUCGAGACUAGAAUAGAAGACGGCAAACUUCUGUACGAAAGAAGAUGGUUCCACCGGGGCCAACCGGUCUACGUAGAAGGCAAAGAGCUUUCACGAUUUGCUGCAAAUAUAUCGGCGAUUGGAACUGAAGUGAUAUGGGUGAAAAAAGUAUCGGAUGGUAGCAAAGUAAAGAUAUACACUUCGCAGUUGAGUCGUGGCAAGAUGUCGAUAAAACGAAGAGCCUCUUAAAGAACGGUAUAAGUUCGCAUUUGUAAACUCAACGAAAUGAAAAAUAGAAAACAAGCUGAAAUUCAGUGUGGUCAGACGUAAGAGUCGUUUUCGGAUUUGAGACGAUCGGGGCUCUUCGUCCAAGACGUUCUUGUCUGAGGUGGAAGCUUGACUCUCACCGCACUGGUUUUUUGCCACCAGUAAUACCAGACCCUCUGAUGAUACUGUAUGGCCAUGUAAAUCCAUAUGAAAAAGGAGAACACGAGAAGUAUCAUCAUAGCGAAUAGCGAAUACGUCGUCCAUCUGGCAGGUGGAAAAUUGUCGUAGGUGUUCUUCGAGUAAAAAUCAGCUGCUACGACACAAACGUAAGAGCAAACGAUCGUGAUCGGCGUUAUGAUCAUGCAACGCAGCAAAUCGAGCCGGAAACUUCGCACGAACAGCUGAUGUUGCCGUUGGCUCAAACACAUCCAAAUGAUGAUUGAUCGCAGCGCUGGAUGUCGCGGUGUUCGUUCAACCUCGAACUCGUGACCGCAUAACUCGCAACUUUUCCGAUUGCUUUCCUCGAGCCAACGCUCCAAACAAGCCAAAUGUAUCGCGCCCAUCGUACCCUGGACAAAAAAUAUUUUUUACCAUCCUCACUCAACACCCACGAGUGAGUUAUCAACACGUCGAGGUACAAAAAAUCAAUCAAGCAAGAAGAGUUUACUUACUUACAUUACUUGAUUAAAAAUUGAUCAUAACGUUGAUUAAUUGUGAUAUUAUUUAAUACUUUUCAUAAUUGAUUCUGAUGCCGGAUAGCUAGUAUUAACUCUCGAUCUUUACGAUAUAUUUUUACGAAUAUUAAUUCUACAUCGAGCUCGAAAACAAUCGAAAUCUUCCACUCUCAACACAAAAUGUUCUGCGCAUACGAUAACGAACUUCAAUUACAUAUACCAUUUUCUUCGUUUUUUAAAAAUGAAAAUAAUGGUGUCCUAUACAGUCGGAUCCAAAGAAAUUUCAAGAAACAAAUAUUUUGAGAAAAUAAUGCCCAACCCGUUGUAGGGCUUCAGGGUUAAAUGAAUAUAAUUGUAGUGUUGAUCAACUACGUACUGAAUAUUAACACUAGAAUCAUUGGUAUUUAAAAUGUACUACAAAAGCAAAAAACUAUUUUCAAUUAGGCUAGAAAAUGAAAGUUAAUUAAAAUAUACUACUAUCUUUGGAUAUUGAAUGAAUUUUACUGUAAUCUUAAUAUUUAUACAUUUUUAUUUCAUAUCGCAAAUUAUCGGGAUUAUUGAAUGCGAGAAUGUUGUAAAAAUAUUAGUAAUACCUGAAUACUGUAAUGCGUGGAAAUUUAUAUUCCGGUGAAUAAAAUCGAUCGAAAUUUUUUGUAAAUUUA